AUGUCGGCGAUCACCAAUGAUCUUGGAGAGCAAGUACCAGAGGGAUACAGCGGAAACCUCAAGCCUGAGCAGGAAAAGUCGUUGAAGGAGCUGUGGAGACGCCUGUUCACGGUAUUUGAGACCAAUGUAGAACGAUCAGAAGAGUUGGAACGCCAAGGCGGUCCCAAAGCAGCACAAACAGGCAAUGAGUUGGCCUCUAAUACCACAAGCAAAGAAGAUGCAAAAAAGCCCAAAGACGAUGCCAAGAAGGCGCAAGAACUCAAGUCUGUUGACGAGGCACUCAACAAGUAUGGUGGUAAAUACCUUCACCAGGCCAUGUGGGAUGCAACCAAGAUGGACUCGCCAGACCAAUUGCUGCUGCGUUUCCUGCGUGCGCGAAACUUUGAUGUGGAUCGCGCACUGGGUAUGGCCAUCGCUGCUAUUCAGUUCCGGCUGGAUGUCAAUGUGGAAGAGCUGCUAUUUAAGGGCGAAGAAGGCCUGAAAGACGUGCCUGGGUUUUUGAACCAGUUCCGUCGUGGUAUUUCCUACAUUGAGGGUAACACGGACAAGAACGAGCUGCCCAUUUACUUUAUUCACGUCGCACGCCACUUCACAAACGCUCAAAAAAUUGAAGUUCUGCAGCAGUUCGUCGUCCUGGCCAUGGAGAACGCCCGUAUGCUGUGCACAUCACCGAUCGAGAAGGUUGUGAUUGUGUUCGAUAUGGAAGGGUUCGGACUGAAAAACAUGGACUGGCAGUGUGUGCUCUUCAUUGUCAAGUGCUUGGAAGCAUUUUAUCCUGAAUCCUUGCAGCGCGUGUAUGUGCAUGGCGCGCCCUGGCUCUUCAAGGGUAUCUGGGCAGCGUUGCAACCGUUGCUGGACCCCAACGUGCAAGCCAAAAUUAAGUUUAGCAACAAGGCGCAUGAGUUGGAAGAAUAUGUGCCCAAGUCACGCUUCCGUAAGGGUAUGGGCGGUACGCUGGAUUGGGAUUGGUCGUAUCCGGAGCCACAAGCAGGCGAAAACGUAAUGCUACAGGACGUUGAGACGAAACACCAAAUUCUCGACGAGUAUAAAGACCUGCAGGAGCAGUACGAAGAGGUAACCCUGGAAUGGCUCAACGGCAGUGAAGAGGCGGCCGACCGCCGCAAAGUGCUGCACAAGCAACUGCGUCUCAAGUAUUACCAGCUCGCGCCCUAUGUCCGAGCCGUGAAUGUGUACCAACGCACAAAGGUCCUACGCAACGACUUCACUGUGGAAUGGACCUACCCGCAAUUGGACGGCUCCGUCGAGAAACAGACAGUCAAUGACCGACACAAUGUACCGGCGCUGAUUCAAUGGCUGCGCGACCACGGGGAGGAUACACUGGAGGAGUCGGUGGGUGGUACCAAGAGCCCUGCGGCGUUGGCUCCUGCGGCCUGUAUGCCGGCCGAAGCCAAGAAUGCCACGCCCCCAUCGCGGCCGUCAAAGAAAAAGGCUUCGAUGUCAGGUAAGGCUGUAGCAGGUGCGGCAGGAGCAGGGGCUGUAGCCGCUGGCGCCGCAAGCAAUGCCCGAAAGGGGUCUCGAAAACCGGCUCCGAUAAUUGACGGUGACUCAGCGUCUGCUUCGGCACCAACAGAAGAUCAUGCCACGCAACCGCAUCGUCGGCGUGGUCAUCCUAGGCACCGUAAACACCGCAAGAAACGAACGAGCGCCGCAGCCGGUGCGGCGGCAGGUGGCGUGAGUAUCCCAAGGGCAGCUGAGCACCAUGAUGAGCCGGAAGAGCAUGAUGACUUCACGCACGACGAGUUGGAACAUGAGGACCUCGCACAUGAGGACCUUUCUCAUGAUGAGCUUACACAUGAUGAUGUUACGCAUGACGACAUUAGCCACGACGACAUCAGCCACGACGACAUCAAUCACGACGACAUCAAUCACGACGCUGAAGAGCAUGAUGCUUCGCACGAGGGGGGUAUCGCGGCCGGUGUCGCAGCCGGUGUGUCCUCGGCAGUCGCCGGCGGUGCCGCCAUGUUGGGCCUUUCAUCGCGAAGGGAAUCAGCAGACACGCAGUUUGAGUCAGCCGAUGAGUUCCUGGACGACGAUGACGAGGACUGGGGUGAAGUGGAGGAAGAGCGGCAUGCCGUGGAGCACGACUAUGCAGAAGACUUCGACUUGGACGACGAUGAGCAAUCCAUGUUGAGUGAUGACGAGCAUGAUGCCUCGAUUCCGGAUACGGUGAUUGCGCCGAGCUAUGUGAACGGCAAAGCCUCGCUUGCAGAGUGCCAGCAAACGGAAGCAGAGCUGCGGGCUGAUCUUGAAGCGGCGCAUGAAGCUAUGCAGCUGUUCCUCAACUCGGACAUGCAGCGUGCGGAAGAGAUGUGCAUGCAAGGUGCCCAGACGCGCCUGUAUCGUGCCGCAGGUAUGGGCGUGAUUAACACGGUCAAGAGUCUGAUGACGUUUGAUCCAGAGGAUAUGCAGAUUGCCAUGAAAUGCUGCAAACACACGCGUGAUAUCGCCAGUGUGCUGCGCAAGAAAAAGCGCAAGCUGUCCAAUUUGCUGCCGGGAAAGAACGACACGGCCAGCAUGACAUUGCUGCAGCAACAUGCCGAGCUCGUGUAUGCUGAGUCUGUGUUGUGCAAGGCGAUUGUCGGUAUCCUCUACUCGGGUGACACAGUGGGGCUUGUUCGUGAGGCUAUGGGGCUGCGUACAGCAUACAUUGUGCUGCGUGAUCUCCUGAAGAUGGUCGAGAGCGCGGAUCAUGCUGCGGAGAAGGCGAAUCGAAGUGGCCAGCCGUCGUCGCGGACCAUUGAUGAGGACCUGCGUUCGGGUGUGUACUUUGGCAUGGGCAGCUGCAUGCUAGUCCUCUCGCUUCUGGAGCCACGAAUGCUCAAGUUUAUGGAAGGUGUUGGGUUCGUCGGCGAUCGCCGCAAAGCCAUGGAGCUCUUUGAGCGUGCUGGUGGAUGGUCGCGCCAGCGUCGUGAGCCGGCGUUGUCGGCCUCGCAGGAAGGUGUGCGUCGCCCCUUGUGCGAUUUGGCCAUUUUGAUCUACCACCUGGUCAUCUCGGCGAAUGUGCCUGUGCCCGAUGUGGACUUGGCGUUUGCCGAUCGCGUACUCUCGUGGAACUUGCAUCGGUUCCCUCAGGGCACGUUCUACUUGUUCUUCUCGGCCAUGCUGUACUCAUCCCAGGCGCUCCCGGAAAAGGCCAUUGAGUGCUACCGCACAGCCAUUGAGGCACAGCGGGAGUACAAGCAGCUGCAUCACCUGUGCUACUGGAAACUGUCGCUGACGUAUCUGACUACGUGUGACUAUGACCAGGCGUAUGAGUGCUACGAUGUGCUCUCGCGAGAAUCCAAUUGGUCAAAAGCCAUUUACCAGUACGCCAAAGCGGCCAUGCUGUACGAGUCGUCGCCGAUGCGGCGUGGUCAGGCGGAGGCGAUCAUAAGCACCGUCCCAAAGCUGGUGAAAAAGAUGGCAGGCCGUCACUUGCCGUUCGAGCGCUUCGUGACGUUGAAGGCUGCGUCCUUCUCGCGCUUGUCUAUGUACGGCCUCCCUGCGAUGGAGUUUUCGUACCUCUGGCACUGCCUGGCGCAGGCGCCCGUAUUCAUGCUCGUAUCGGAGCAGUUGAGCCGCAUUGAUCAUAUCAUUGAUGCGCUCGAGCAGUACGACUCACCUGCCUCGUUUGCCGGUGGCGCUAGCGACUUUUUCAGCGUGUAUUGCCUCGCAUUCUUCCUGCGCGGCGUCGCGCUCCGCUACAUCGCCUUCCCUGAAAAGUUCUCGGUGGUUCGUCCUCCGACCGGACACAAACUGAACCUCGCUGAGGUGGCCGAAGAUGCUGUGCACUCGUUCGAAAAAGUGUUCGAGCACGCAGAGCAUCUCGAUGCCGUGGAUCGCUACAUUGUGUACUUUGCUCACUACGAGUUGGGAAGUCUGUACGCUGCGCAGGGCGACGUAGCGAAGGCGCGGCAUGAGCUCGAAUUGGUCCGUUCACGCAAGCCCCUCGUGGCACAGGACGCAGGACGGUUCCGGUCCGGCAAAGCGGCGUACCCGCUCUCGCACGUAUGCCAAAUGCGGGCCAGUGUCGUUUUGGAGACGCUAGGCCAAGGCCCCACCGCGUCGUCUUCCCGGGCAACGCCGACGCGUACCCUCACCCAACGUUUGCGUGGUGGCAUGUCAGUCCCAUCGCCGGCCAACGGUGCACAAGCGAAGUCGGCGGCGGUUCCCGCCGCGCCAGGGGGCUCAUCGUCGAGCAACACAGAUAGCGGACGUCUUGCGCGCCUGAGCCGCUUGAUUUCCUAA